AUGGCCUCCUCCACUGAAAUUAUCAUCUAUGUUAUGGGUGGUUGGGACUUGGGCAUCUGCGGGGACCUCCUCCUGCAGGGCGUGAUUUUCGCGCAAAUAGCCCACUACUUCACUCUCUAUCAUUCCGACAUAUUCGCGCUUCGCUUGUUCGUCUUGGGUCUUUUGGUGCUCACAACACUCAAGUCAAUGCAAAUGAUUGGCGUUAUGUGGGUCCAGAAUGUCGUUUACUUUGCGGACGUUCGCGGAGCGGCAGAUUUAUUCUUCACCCACUGGCUCGAACAAGUCAGCCUAGCAUUUGGCGCCUGUGUGUCGUUCUAUGUGCAGAUGUUUCUCUGCCAUCGUCUCUGGGUCCUCAGCAAAAACGUCUACAUCUUCGUGGCCCUGGUGUUGAUCUUCUUCUUCUCCUUGGUCGCCGCGUUUGUCUCAUUGGUCUUCACGCUGCAUAACAUUGCGUCCCCGCUGCGAAGCAUUUGGAUUUCUGUCCACGUCGGCGUCGUUUUUGGUGGCGACGUCCUUCUCUGUUUAUCAACAGCACACUUUUUACUGAAACACUCGAAACAAGUGCUGCCCCAAACCGCGGGAAUGCUGAAUGCGAUCCUCAAGCUGACCUUCCAGACCGCCGCGCCGGGUGCGCUCUGUGCGAUGAUGAACCUGAUUACCUCGCGGACGUCCGACAAGCCCGACCCGUACAACGUCUCGCUGAUGCUCUCGGUCAUCACGACCGACAUGCUCCCGAAAAUAUACGCCUUCAGCGCGAUGUGGACGCUGAACUCGCGGCGCUCGAUCCGCCUGGGCGGGUCCUCGAACCAGGACACGAGCAGCAACGACGGGCCGAGUGGCGGGCGGAGAACCGGGCCGAGCGGCGGGCGUGGCGGUGUCGAGUUGGGGACGUUCGGAAAAGUGCAGCGCAUCCAAGUCAGGACACAGGUGCAGACGAUGCGUCAUACGGAUGAGGAUGGGAUGAUGUUUGGGAAAGACGACGACGAUGAUGACAGGAAGGGUAGGGGGAUGGAGGAGGCGAGUGUUGAGACGGAUAGGAGAUAA